AUGUCCAAGUCGGCGCCCACUACAACAAUCCGUGACGACCACAAGUACUGGAAGUGCAAGCAAUCCUUCAUCUGCGGCACCACCUGCAACGAAACGAACAAGUUGUCAGACAAGCAAUGCCCCGCGUGCGGGAGCAAGCGCGAUGCCCUGGAUGAGGCGCUCGAUGCCUAUCUGAGGAAGAUCGGAACUCUUUUCAGGACGGAUUCCAAUGGAAAAGAGUGGUGGGAGUAUAACUCGUGA